AACCCCACAUAGUAAUCUGCCCCACUCUCCACUGCCACAAGCGGCUUAUACCUUCCACCCAGAAACUGCUUUUUCUGCUUAUAAAAGGGAAAGCCAGCGCCACACUAUUCUUCCCUUGCACCAUCUUCAAUAGCGUUCACAACCAAAAACCCUAAAGUGUGAACUCAACGCUACAAAUGGGAAGGGGAAAGAUUAUGAUUGAAAGGAUCGACAAUUCCACAAGCCGGCAAGUCACUUUCUCCAAGAGGAGAAAGGGACUGAUCAAGAAAGCCAAAGAGCUUGCAAUCCUCUGUGAUGCACAAGUUGGCCUUCUCAUAUUCUCCAGCACGGGAAAGCUUUACGAGUAUGCCAGCACCAGCAUGAAAUCCAUAAUUGAGAGAUACAAUGCAUGCAAGGAAGAACAACACCAUCAGAUAAAUCCAGAAGCCGAAGUCAAGUUUUGGAAGAGGGAGGCAGAGAUUCUAAGGCAACAACUACAGAUUCUACAAGAAAACCAUCGGCAAAUGAUGGGAGAACAACUUUAUGGUCUGAGUGUCAGAAGCCUACAAGAUCUGGAGAAUCAACUGGAAAUGAGCCUCCAAGGUGUCCGUAUGAAAAAGGAACAAAUUCUAAAAGAUGAAAUUCAAGAGCUGAACCGGAAGGGAAACCUUAUCUUCCAGGAAAAUGUGGAACUUUACAAGAAGGUGUAUGGUACAACAGAUUCAGCCACAACAAGCAGAAAUGCAUUUGUUCCACUUCCAUUUGGUAUGCAUGCAGGAGGGCCUCCACAAGAAUUAGUCCAACUUCAGUUAUGCCAGCCUGAACAAGAAGCUUAUGAGACAUCAGACACUGCCACAAAAUAAUGGUCAAGUCUAAUUUGGUGUAAUAUUUUAGUAAUGCUUUUGGAAAAAGAAAGCUAUAUAAUGAUAUAUGCAGCUCAAUAAUGAAUCACACAAGAAGCGAAGAGCUGUAGGCCUAGGGGAUGAAUGCUUCUUCUCACUUUACUUCCCUAAGAGAAUUCCAGCAGAGAACAAUGCACUCCCUGAUAUUGUAUUGGUUAUGUAAAAUCUAAUCAGUAAAAUGACAUUUGCUUGUAAAACUUCAUAUGAAAAAAAAAUCUAGAAUAACACAGCGUGGACAUAAAUUUUUCCU